AUGCUUCACCACUUGAUGGUAGGGACUUGGACCCCUCCAGGUGCCAUAUUUACCUUCCAAUUCGACGACGAGGCCUUGACUCUGAAAUUGAUCAAGAGGACUGAGAUCCCCAAAGAUGAGCCCAUCUCAUGGAUGACUUUCGACCAUGCAAGAAAGACCAUUUAUGGAGCUGCUAUGAAGAAGUGGAACAGUUUCUCUGUCAAGAGUCCGACGGAGAUUGAACAUACUGCCUCAUUCCCUAUGGAACACGACCCAAAGGCUUCUCAGGCAGACACAAAGACACGUGCCAUCUUUAUUCUGGCAGGCAAGAAGCCACCGUAUAACGUAUAUGGCAAUCCCUUCUAUGAUCAUGCUGGCUCUGGAAACGUAUUCUCUGUCAACGAGAGUGGAAGUCUGGAAAAGAAUGUUCAGAACUACGAUUAUUGCCCGCAGACAGCAAUUCAUGGCAUGGUCUUCGAUCCUACAGAGACUUAUCUAUACUCGGCCGACAUGUGGGCAAACAAAGUCUGGUGCCACAAGAAGGACUCAGAGACUGGAAACAUGACAACGGUCGGCAGCGUCGAUGCUCCUGCGGCUGGUGAUCACCCUCGCUGGGUCGAAAUGGCACCGAGUGGAAAGUACCUGUAUGCUCUGAUGGAAGGUGGAAACAGACUCGGAGUCUACUCAAUAGACGAGAAGACUCACAUGCCUGUCUAUACUGACAAAACCUACCCUCUCGUUCCUCCAGGUCACCAGGAGAUCUACCCUAAGAUGUAUCGUUCAGAUGUUGUCUUCCUCUCAUCCAGCGGCAAAUAUUUGUUCGCAACAUCAAGAUCCAACUCACCCGACCUGACUGGCUACAUUGCAGCAUUCAAGCUGUCAGAGUCUGGAGAUAUCGAGCGUCAGAUCUGUCUCAACCCUACACCUACAAGUGGUGGACACUCAAAUGCCGUCAGCCCUUGCCCUUGGAGUGACGAGUGGCUGGCUUUGACCGACGACGAGAAGGGCUUCAUUGAGAUCUACAGAUGGAAUGAAGAGUUCCUUGGUCGUGUUGCUCACUGCGAUGUCAAGGAGCCUGGCUUUGGUAUGAAUGCCAUUUGGUACGAUUAG